AUGGCGGCCGCUGAUAGACAACAUAUUUAUCAAACUAUUCAAACAAGUCUUGCACAUAUUCCAUCAUAUAUUGGACAGGAAUCACUGGAUGAUUAUUGUAAUAGGAUUGAAACAGCCAUCAGCUAUACUGAUACAAUGAUUGCUGAUGCUAAUACUGCAAAUGCCAAUACUUUUACUGAUGCACAUAAGGCAGAUAUUUAUAAAUCGAAAAUGGCAGGAAAGUAUUUACCAGUUCCACCUCAACAUGCAGGAAAUAAUAUUAAUACUCCAGCUCGCUUUAGAACAUGGCUUGGAGAUACCUAUCUACAAAGAACAGUUGGUACUCACCAGUCUGCUAUUCAAAGAUUAUUUCAAGAAACGUUUAAGACUGAUGAUAAUCCAGAAACAUAUAAAGCUAGAAUUCGUCAAUAUCUAUUAGGUGUACCUGAUAACGAUGCUAAUGCUUUGGGAUUUCUUAUGGCUCAUCUACCUUCUGAGCUUUUUAUUUGGAUGGAAGGAGUAAAUCCUGGCAGAAUCACAGCUUUUUUUAAUUCACUUAAAGAAUUAUAG